CUCAGUGUCCCCUGUAAUAUCUGGUGAUUUUACGAGCGUUGUGUUGCCCGGUGACAUUCAUACUACGGACUCGCUUGGUGAUAUCAGUCCUACAACAGUAGUAGGUGAUGGUAGUCUCGUCAGGACAUCCGUGGAGAUGAGUAAUACGACGACCUAUAGCACUAAUACCACCAAGAUACCCAGUAAUACUAGCACGACAUUAUCCAUCGACGUGCCUUCUGCCCUGCCCCUUGACCCAAGCACCUCUGCUACAAGUGGCAUCGAUCACACAAUACCCAGCGGUUCCAACAACACACAGUCCAAAACCCGCAGUGAAAUCGCGGUUCCUUCAACAAAGUUCACCAAAGACAAAUUCAUUGACGGUGAUUUUAUAACGACAAGACCGGAAAUAGAUUUAGAGAAACCUAUCAUCGCGAGGCCAAAAUUAUUUCCUCCAGAAGGUUCGAUAACAACCUCCAAUGUUACUGAUGUGGAAAGCGCUUCACACACGCGUUGCCUGCAAAUGCACUGCAACAUAUCAGCCCAGGGAGACCCAUCUGCUUGUCAGGUCUGCGUCCCCGCCAGCCAAGGCCUCUUCGGCGUGGCGGGCCCUCCUGGCAAAGCCGGUCCACGUGGCCGGGCGGGGCCCCCUGGAAAACCCGGGCAGGCUGGUCCACCAGGCAAAGAAGGGCCACAGGCGAGCGGGGCCCCGUUGUUUUUGGGGCUUCCCCGGCGUGCCUGGGCGGUGGGGGCCCCGGGCGAAAAGGGAGACCCAGGAAGCCCGGGCCCACGCGGAAGGCCGGGAAAGAAUGGAAAACGAGGACCCCGAGGCAAGAAAGGCAAAGCAGGCAAACGGGGCAAGAAAGGGAAGAAAGGCAAGAAGGGGAAAAGAGGGCCACGUGGCAGGGCAGGACGACAUGGCCCUAUAGGUCCACCUGGCUUACCUGGCCUACCAGUCGGCUGUGGUAAAGCGACGAUGCACCAGCUUCAUCCUUCGGGUGAACCUCCGUUGCUAAGAGGAAGAUUACGCCUUGGAAUACCUCAUGCUGACACCCACUAAACGGAAGACAACAUGCUCUGUAUAGACGAGCC